AACAUCUCAUCCUGCCCCACUGUGAACAGGGCUUUUUAACACUGAGCUUCCCAAUCAUUAUCAGCUGUUUCCUCUGGGAUAGCCAGUCAGCAGGGGAAGCUGCAGCAGUGCCCUGGAGAGACUUUUCCACAUGAGGAGUGAAAAAUGAUCUUUCACCUAAAGGGGACAAUAGGAUAACUGGAGAGGGGCUUUUUACAGUGACAGGGCAAGACAGUGGCUUUAAGCUGACAGAGGGGAGAUUUAGAUGAGGUAUUAGGAAAAAAUCCUUCACUGUGAAGGUGAUGAGACACUGGCGCAGGUUUCCCAGAGAACUCUAAAGGUGGCAAAGGAGGAAGCUGCGGAACAAAGCACUUGGGGUAGCAAUGACAUUUUGGGGCAGCCUUUGUUGCAGGAGAUCCACUAGUUUUUCAUGCCUGCGGGGCGUUUAAGUGAUGGUGGUGUCUGGAUUAAUUAAAACGACCUUUCUCGUUAGUUUAGGAACUUAAUUAGCGCCCCACUUACGCUUCACGGGUUUGGCAAGAGAAGGUGCCUGACUCCCUGCCGCAGACGUGCUAUGUGACAGCUGCCCUGCAGAGGGCACGGCAGCCGCGCGCUGGACCCGCUGCUAGGACGUAAUGCUUCAAUUGGCUUUCCGUUUGUUUCUUCCUUCCGAUCCCCCCGUUUUAGUUGAAAGUGCAUCCGGGAGCUGGAUGGGGAGUGGGGCAUUUGUUUGAAUUCGUGGAUAAGGAAAGGUGUGAGGUUUUUCUCGGUUUAGCUCUACGAAGCCAAGACUCUUCUGCAGCACUCCUGCUGUUUCUGUCCGUGGCUAAAUCUGCGGAAUUAAAGUCAGAGCGCUGAAUUUACCGGACAAUAUCCUACAGACUAUGAAAGGAGGAAGGAUGGUCUUCCCUGACCACAAGGCAGACGUGGCACACAUGAGGCUGUACCGCUGCCCGGCACCGCCCGCUCCCCUGUCAGCAGGCACUGUGCUGAGAGUUGAGGCUUCCCUUCUGCUCCAGCACCCCAACACCGAGUGCAGCUGUUGCCUCAGCCCCGGGGCUGUGGGAUUCCUCUGACAGGCAUGUUCCCCUACCUGCGGUUUCCUCCAGCGUGCCAUAUAAUCUCCACAGAAAUCCUAGAGUUCAAUAAAAAUAGGAAGUAUCUUCUCAGGAAUUGCAUUUGCUAUCUCAAACAAGCUCCUCUGAGCCUCUGGGUAGAUAACACCACUUCCUUAUCCUCACCAGGACAGUGUAAGGACGGUGACUUUAAUGCUGAUUUUAAACGGUCUGUGUUUUCGUGUGUGCUGGAAAGGUCAACAUGACUGUGGUGGUCAUCUGCCAUCUGUAUAACCCGUGCAACCUGACAGGUGUCUCGGCGUGGCUGCUGGCUGCUAAAGGACCUCCGGGGACGCCCUUGUCGGGUUGGAAACGUGGCUUUGCCGACGGCGCUGGCGGAGAUGAGGACGGCGGAGGACUCGAACGGGACGGUCCUGCACCGCCUGAUCCAGGAGCAGCUGCGCUAUGGGAACCUCACGGAGAACCGCACUCUGCUGGCCAUCCAGCAGCAGGCCCUGCGCGGCGGUGGCGCCGGCAGCCCCCGCUCCUCCCUGGAGAGCCUCAGUGCCGAGGAGAGCCAAAUGGUGCAGCAGUCCACGCGGCAGGAACCCCAGGGCCAGGAGCAUCACUCCGACCACAUCUACUUGGAGAACAGUGUCUAUCGGCUCUGCCAGCCCCAGCACAAGGGCGAGGAGCUUCCAACCUAUGAGGAGGCCAAGGCGCAUUCCCAGUACUAUGCCUCUCAGCGGGGUGGGCAGCAGCAUGGAGGGGCCAGCACAGGGAUUCGGGGUGAAAACAGCCCACGUGGGGCUGAGAGCAACAGCACCCGACGCCCCGAUGAGGGGCUGAAGGACCUGAAGCAUGGCCACGUGCGGUCACUGAGUGAGCGGCUGAUGCGGCUGUCGCUGGAGAGGAGUGGGGCCAACACACAGAGCCCCAUCAGUGCCUCCCACAGCUACCCCCAGCUCUCCCGUCACCACCAGCUGGCUGCCCUGCAAGGGCAGCACCCUGAGGGGCCGCAGCCAAGGGGACCCCCUCCAGAGUAUCCCUACGUCAUCCCUUCCCAGGACACUUACCUGUCUGAACCCCGACCCUGCUCUCAGGAAGGUCCUGGAUUUCAGCAUCCCGAAAUCAGGGUGCUGUCCACCCAUGUCCCCACUGCUUUCCUGCCGCUGCCAGGCACUCUGUGCCCAGGCACACUGGGUCCUGCUGGUGUGGAGGCACUAGUGAAUGCCCAGGCGGUCUCAACCAGCAACCGCCUGGCCCGGGUGGACGCCGUUCUGCGGGACAACGAGAGGCUCCAGCGGGACAACGAGAAGCUGCGGCGGGAGCUGGAGAGCUGCUCUGAGAAGGCGAGCCGCAUCCAGAAGCUGGAGAGCGAGAUCCAGCGCAUCUCAGAGGAUUACGAAAACCUCGUCAAGGCCUCUUCCAAGCGGGAAGCUUUGGAGAAAGCCAUGAGGAACAAGAGAGAUGGUGAGAUGCGGCGGCUCCAGGACUUUAACCGGGACCUGAAAGAGCGGUUGGAGUCGGCAAACAAGCAGCUGGCCAGCAAGACCCAAGAAAGCCAUGACAGCAACCAGGGCAGCAUGGCAAAGCUCCUGGCGCAAAGCUAUGAGCACCAGCAGGAGAAGGAGAAGCUGGAGCGGGAGGUAUCCCUGCUGCGCAGCGCCAACGAGGACCAGCGUCGGCGGGCAGAGCUGCUGGAGCAGGCGCUGGGCAGCGCCCAGGCGCGGGCAGCCAAGGCAGAGGCUGAGCUGCGGAAGAAGCGUGCCUACGUGGAGAAGGUGGAGCGGCUGCAGGCAGCCCUGGGACAGCUCCAGGCCGCCUGUGAGAAGCGGGAGCAACUGGAGCUGCGGCUCCGCACCCGCCUAGAGCAGGAGCUGAAGAUGCUGCGGGCUCAGCAGAGGCAGGCAGGCGCUGUGGGUGCAGGGACACCGGAGCUGAGUGCCCACACACUCUCAGAGCAGCUGAGGGAGAAGGAGGAGAAGAUCCUGGCCCUGGAAGCUGACAUGACCAAGUGGGAGCAGAAGUACCUGGAGGAAUGCACCAUGCGGCAGUUUGCCAUGGAUGCCGCGGCCACUGCAGCCGCCCAGCGGGACACCACCCUCAUCAGCCAGUCCCCGCGGCAUUCCCCCAACAGCAGCUUCAAUGAGGACCUCCUCCUGGCCAGCCACAAGCACCAGGAGAUGGAGAACAGGUUAAAAGCCCUUCAUGCCCAAAUCCUAGAGAAGGAUGCUGUCAUCAAGGUCCUGCAGCAGCGCUCGCGGAGGGACCCCAGCAAAGCUCUCCAGGGCUCCUUGCGACCAGCCAAGUCUGUGCCCUCCAUCUUUGCUGCCUCAGCAGCCCCGAGCUGGCCAGGGGCUGGCCAGAGUGACCGGCUGACUGAGAACAGCUCUCACAGCAGCACAGGAAAAGCCACCAGCGAAGGAGCAGGAGCGCCCGCUGCCCUGCCGCUGCCGUCCCACUCGAAGCACAGCAGCAAGGAUGGCAGCACUCAGACGGAUGGAGUGGCUGAGAGCAGCGGCCAGGGUGAGGGCACCGAGCGCCCGGCUGGUCUGAUGGAGAGCUUGGCUGAUGUCAGAGCCCCUGACCUGUCUGACAUGGUGGAGAUCCUAAUUUAAGGCCUCCCAUGGAAUGCACACUGGCCCCUCUCCCCCCGCCUGCACUGGAUCAGGGUGGCAGAGCCUGCAGGAGGGAGGACCGAGCCUGGAGCUCAGUGGUGUCCCUGUGGCUGGUCUCAGCACAUGGGCCAUGGUCCCCACUCAGCACCCACAGGGGCCUCCAGCUGCGCAGGGCGUGCUGGAGCCCAAGGACCCUGCAGUGACUGAGGGGGCUCGUGACCCCACUGUGAACACACUGGGGUUUUGGACAACAGGAGCAACCUAUUUAUUGUUCCAGCCUGAAGCAGGGGGGCUUCUUCCCAUAUCCUCCCUCAUCGG